ACAGCAGGCGCAUACACUCAACGCAGAAAAGGGGAGAAGAGAAACGUGAAGAAGGAGAGGGGAGGGGGAGGAUGGCGCCGGCGGGCGUUACUGCCGCCGCGCCGUCAUGUCGUGCAGAGGAUAGAGAAGUGAGAGCCGAGGAAAGAGGCCGCUGCGGUCGAGCUUGCCGUCGUCCUCAUGGUACUCCAACCGUCGAGCUCAUAAGCAUGGAGGAAGCACAACCGCCUCGGAGUCCGCCGUCAGGUCGAGUCGAAGGAAGAGAGACGCGUGGAGUCGUCGUCGCGACCAGAGGGGAGAUCUGAGAAAGAAGGAAGAGAGCGAAGGGGUCCUCGCUGCCAUGCUCAGCCUAUUGCAAGCCCCGCCGCGCUGCGCCGCCAGUGCCGUCGUUGUCACCAUCGAUGGAGGAGAGAAGGGAGAACGCUCGCGUGGAGCUACUGCAGAGCCAGCCGCCGCCACCAAGCGUCCAUAGUCACUGCGUUUCCCCGCGGUUGAGGGCGUCUCCACCACUGCACCUUGGCCGACGGUACUGCCGAUCUGCUGCUCUGCGGUGCGUAGCUGGAGCUUCUGUUGCUGAUGCUGGAGAUCGGUGGUUGCCGGAAGACACUAUUGUUGUCACUGCUGAAAGAGGGAAAAGCUGUGGCAUUGUUCUGGCCGCCAGGAGAAGUUAUGAGGCCUCUUGAACCACCGCUGGAGCUUCUGGCUACUUCUGUCGUUGUCAAAAAAGUUGCCAUCAUCGUGAUUGGAAUUCAUCGCCGCUGCCGCUUGAGGUGGCUGUCGGGCUGCCGCCGAGCCGGUUCGAAGACCGCCGCGGUGUCGGUUCAGCCUUUCCUCCUUCGAUUCGUGUUGCUAUGGUUAUUGCGAAAGUGGCUGGGAGCUGAGGUUUUGGUUGCCGGUGAUUUCGAGUUGAGGCAGAAAGGACUCUGUGAGACGUUGGGUUAUGGAAUUGCGUUUUGAGUAAUUCCCAAAAACCCUCUACUGAGAACCCUUUCGAUGAUGAUGUUCUCACCCCCCUACAUUUUUCUCCUUUCAAGAUAUGGACGCAGAUGUCACGAAGAAUUUAUUUAAUUGUUGUUGAGAUGCUCUGUGCUGCUUUAGUUAUUAUUUAUUGUACCCUCACCUUUAUCCUGAUAUAUUUUGUAAGAGAAAUAGGGAUUGUAUUGGUUAAUGUUUGUAAUAUUAUUUAUAUGUAUGUAUGUAUAUAUAUGAAUGUACUCUUUACGAGUUUCUGUAAGUUGUAUGGUAUGUAUGGAUAUACGUUGUAUAACAAAAAUAUUUUUGGGAGCGGUUUUGCGGUUUAAAGUUUUAAACAUGCUCAUUUUUUAGUAUUAAAUAAUAUAAGUGUCGUCGUAAUGUCCGAACUAUCAGAGUCGCACAGCCGGAAGCGUGAGUUUUGAUAGUUAGGGUAUUACAGACUACACAUUUUAAUAUAAAAAAUUCUAAUUUUUUGUGUCUAUCAUUU